AUGGCGCUCUUUAGGAGGUUCAUUGAGCCUGGCCGCCUGUGCGUGGUGCAGUAUGGUCCUGACGAAGGCAAGCUUUGCUUCGUUGUCGACAUCAUCAACCUCAACCGCGUCCUCGUUGAUGGCGCCGGCGUCACAGGAGUGAAGCGCCAGGCCAUGCCCAUUCGGCGUGUGGCGCUGACAGACAUGCGUCUAAAGAUUCCUCAUGGUGUCCGCUCUGUUACGCUGAAGAAGGCAUUAGAAAAGGACGACGUGAUUUCAAAGUUCAACGAAACCGCAUGGGGCAAAAGGCGCAUUGCGAAGCAGCGCCGGGCGGCGUUGACAGACUUCGAGCGGUUUAAGGUGAUGGUGGCGAGGAAGCAGAGAGCCCAGGCUGUGCGCAGCAAACUCUCCAAGAGAAAGUAA